AUCAGUGGUCCGGACAAGUUUUGUUGUGAAAAUGUGAAAAGCAAAAAAUAAAUAAAAAACAACAACAAACUAGCAUGAAAUACUUGAAAAGAUAAUAUUAUAGCUAUAAUACAAUGGCAUUUACAAUAUUUUCCCAUACAUCAGCAAUUCUUUCAUCUGAAGUCUUAGCGAAAUGUGGAGAUUUCCCAUGGGACCCUAACAGUCACCUCCACAAAAUUUGCUUAGAUAACGAUGUAAAGGCAUCUUUCACUGAACAGAAGCAAUGCCUUAUGGAAGGAAAUUGGGCUGCUAUUAUCGAAAUUUACAACAGCAUUGCUAGAUAUCUGCAGACGAACUAUAAUACAAACCCAGGAAUACUAACAAUACAGGACUUAAACUUGGAGAACAAUGAUAACCAAAUUCAAGUUCAGGAUAUGCAAUUAGUCAGUUUGCCACAAGAUGAAAUUCAGACAACACCUGAUCAUGGUACUGAUGACAAAAAGCAAACAAAAUUGAAGAUACCAGAUCCAAUUGUGUUCUCAUUUAUUAACAGUGACACUUUGAUUAAUAGUAAUAGUAAUACACAUCCAGUAAUUGAAACGAUAACUGAUACAGUCACAGAAUACAUCAAACAACACACUUCUGAACCAACGCAGGAUCAUUCCCAAGAAGAGAAAUGUCCAGAAAUUAAAGAAGAAAUGUGUGAAUCUCAUACAAGUAGUCCAAUGUCACAGCAAAGAGAAACAAAUAAGGGGAAAAAGACUGACCGGUCAUUAACUAGAGUUAGGAGGAGGAAAAGUUUGACUCCCAAAAAAUCGUCAAAAUCAUCUCCAACAAAGAGACAAGUUAACAAAAAAAGCUUAACAGAAAAUAAACAAGAUAAAAACAUUGCAAAAAAACCAUCAAGUUUAAAACCGAAGAAAUCUUGGAGUCAAAAGCUUCUGCAAGAUGAAUUUUCUGGUACGAAUCUAGAAGACCAAGUCAACAUGAGAAAUGAAAUUAAAGAUAAUGAAGUAUUUGUUAAAAAUGGUACAAAUGAUAAUAAACUUACCAGUGUAGUUGAAAGUGAUAAAGAAAUGAAAAAAGAUUUAGAAAUUGAAUGGACUCCAGAGAAGAAGGGAGAACUAUUUCAGGUGAAAGGUACCAAGGCUCUGAAGAUAACACUUAAGAAGCAGCAAAAACCAAAGACUUUGAAAAAACGAAAAAGUAAUAAAACUGAAGAAACAGAACCAAGCGAACAAGAGUUUACUUGUACCCAGUGUUCCUAUAUAUCUAGUAAACGAGCAAACCUAAGAGAACAUGUACAGAGAAUGCAUAAAGACAAGAUAUGGUCGUGUGAAUUUUGUGACAAAAUAUUUAGCAUUCAAAAAGAUUUGGUUCGCCAUGAAAAAUGUCAUCUGAAUCCACAGUUAUGUUGUGAUUUCUGCGGUAAAAUGUACAAAUCACGCCGAACAUUUAUCCAGCAUAAAAAAAGCCAUGAAGAAAAUUAUAUAAAACCUGAGUAUGAAUGUAAAGUUUGUAAAAAGUCUUUCAGCACCAAAUAUGUACUGAAUUAUCAUGUAAAAUCAGAGCAUUUAGGGAUGAAAAAACAAUUUCUUUGUCCAACAUGUGGGAAAAGUUUUACCCAGAAAAACUCAUAUGUUCAACAUGCCAAUGUUCACAUGGGACUGAAACCUUAUCAGUGUGAACAUUGUGGUAAAAGCUUCGCAUAUGAAAAAUCUCUGAAAGAACAUCGUUUUAUGCAUGAUGAAGUACUCCAUUUUAAAUGUGAUGUAUGUGAUAAACUAUUUCGUCAAAAGUCAGCGUUACAAAUUCACAAGAAAAUUCACAAAGUUACAAAAGAUCAUUUAUGUGGUACUUGUGGUAAAGGUUUUACUCAAAGACAAGCUUUAUUACGUCACGAAAGAAUACAUAAUGGAGACAAACCUUUCUCUUGUGCUAUCUGUUCUCGUUCUUUUAGUGAUGCAUCCAUAAUUAGACGUCACAUGAUACUUGUACAUAAAAAGCAUACUAAAGAAUGGAGAGAAGAUGUCAUUUGUGAUUUGAAAGGAGCGGAAGAUUAUUGGAUAGAAGGGAAAAAGCCUGAAGGUCGUAUUAAAAGACUGCCAGCUAAAAAGUCAGACAAUAUUACUGAAGUUCAGGGUCCACAAGUCAACAAUAAUGAAAUACGUCAGGUAACUGCUGAUGACACCAUUACUGACAUUGUUGAUGAGUUGAGUCUACAUCAGCAAUCUGCCGAAGAACAAACUAGGUUACAAAGUGAUGCAGUAGACCAGUCAUCUCCGGAUGGAAGGUACAUACAACAGUCCCUAUACAGUGUAUCUGAAGAACAAAUGAAAGAAACUGCCAUCUACCUUAGAAAAAAUCCCACAAUGCUUCAGACUGCUGCUGACACUUCAGAAAAUGAUAUGCUGCUGAAUUCGUCUAAUAUCUCUCAAUACUUACAUAACCCCCAAGACAGUAAUCAUUCCGUUAACCUUGAUCACACAUUUAAUGAACCUUUCACAAGUCUUCAUGAUCGGAAAAGUGAAGAAAGAUUAACUAACUCAUUUCAUACCAACGUUCAAAUGAGAACCAGUAACCAAUGGACUGCAGAACCUUUCUCUUAUAAUACAGUACAUUAUAUGUCACAGUAUCAAAACUAUCAAAACCAAUAAUUAAACAGCGUUUAUAUUUCAUUAUUUUUAUAACAUGUGUGCCUUACUUUUGAUAGAUGAUCAAGCAGGAAGAACUCUUUAGUAUUAAACAGGCUAAUAAUAAUGAGUAUUAUUUUUUUAUUGUAAGAAAUCAUCUCCCCUUUUGUCUUUAAAUAAAUUUACUGGUAAUAUUAUAGAAAUCAUAAAAUUCCCCUAAUUUGCUAGUUUUUUCAUGAGUUAUUACAUUUUUCCAUAGACGCUCAACCUUUUGAGCACUUGAUUUUCCAAAGUUUACAUAUUUUUUUAAGGAUAAACACUAAAAUUUGAAAGAAAAAACAUUAAAAAUGUAAUAUCGCUCAAUGCUUCUUUCUCUUAUGUUUUACAUAAUCUUAUUGGAAUGUUGAUUUCUAAUUACUAGUAAAAAAAUUAUGAUACAUGUAUGUAUAUAUACAUGUACUACUGAAAAUGUAAUAAUUUUCUUUUUAUCAAUUUUUAUGUAAACAUAGAGUCAGACUUAAAAAAAACCACCAAGUCUACAUUAACAAUUUUGUUAAGACUUAAAUCAAAAUGUCAGUCAUUAAGAAGGUGCUUUGUGGGUAUCUUGUUUUACCAGAGAAUUUGAAAUAAUGUUCUUAUUUUUUUUAAGUAUGUUGUUUUCUUUUGUUUGUUUGUUUGUGAUUUUGAUAUGAAUAACAUUACUUAAAAAGAAAUUUAAAAUCAUUUUGUGAGAAGUAUAUAAAGUUUUUUUUGUUUAGAUAUAGAUAACAUUUUCAGUUGAAAUUAAACACAUAUAAAUCAUAAAUCAUUGAGACAGCAAUGAGACCAUAUGCCAGAGUUUGUCAUACAUGUGUCUUAAUUAUUCAAACCUACAUGUACAUUUUAAUUGUUACACUGUUAUAACAUAUGUAUACAUAUUGAUCAUAUACUUAGACUAAAUAACAUAUGAUUUUUAUUGUAUGGGAAUAGCAUUAAAUUAACGUAAAUUCAUAUUUUUUGAAUUGGUGCUUAGCAGGCUGAUAUGAAAAGUUUAUCACAUGCUUGGAUUGUUAUCACAUGCCUUUUCGUAACAUUAUUGCAUGGCAUUCCGGUGAUACUCAGCAAAUUUCGGAAAAUACUCCUCAAUACUACACUUUUAGUGAAAAACAUCAAUUUACAAAGUAGUGUACAAAACAAUAUUUGGAUACUUGAAAGUAUAUUUUGUUAAAUAAUUAAAAAAAAAACCAAACAAACAAAUUUUUAACAUUUUCAGUUGAAAUUAAACACAUAUAAAUCAUAAAUCAUUGAGACAGCAAUGAGACCAUAUGCCAGAGUUUGUCAUACAUGUGUCUUAAUUAUUCAAACCUACAUGUACAUUUUAAUUGUUACACUGUUAUAACAUAUGUAUACAUAUUGAUCAUAUACUUAGACUAAAUAACAUAUGAUUUUUAUUGUAUGGGAAUAGCAUUAAAUUAACGUAAAUUCAUAUUUUUUGAAUUGGUGCUUAGCAGGCUGAUAUGAAAAGUUUAUCACAUGCUUGGAUUGUUAUCACAUGCCUUUUCGUAACAUUAUUGCAUGGCAUUCCGGUGAUACUCAGCAAAUUUCGGAAAAUACUCCUCAAUACUACGCUUUUAGUGAAAAACAUCAAUUUACAAAGUAGUGUACAAAACAAUAUUUGGAUACUUGAAAGUAUAUUUUGUUAAAUAAUUUUAAAAAAACCCAAACAAACAAAUUUUUAAAUAAAUGCAUUUUUUAAAAGUUACUUUAAAAAAGUUGACUUUUCAACAUGUUCAAAACAGUGUUCAUUAUGUAUAUUGUUGGAUUAUUUUUUUGUCGAUUUGUCCAUAUUAAAAAUAUUUUUCUUCUCUGAUGACGCAUAUGAUAGAAAGAUUUCAUAUUGAAUGAACUAAAUUUGAAGUCUGACGUCCGUGAACUUUUCACUCUUUGAACUUCUAUUUGGGAAUCAUGUAAGGGGAUCAAUAUAUGAUUCUAGUUGUUAUUUUUCUUCAUUGUUGAAUCAUAUGAUAAAAAGAUGAUAACAUGUCAUUUUUCAUAUUGCAUGUCUUAUCAGCCCUCGGCCAAUAUCAGCCCUCGAGCCAUGCAGCUCUUGGGCUGAUAUUGAACCUAGGGCUGAUAAUACAUGCGAUAUGAAAAAUGCCAUGUAAUAAUCUGAUAAUAUUAUACCAUACAUUAUAUUAAAGGAUCACCAGUGACCACAGAAUUCUUUCAAGGGGGGAUGGAGUUUAAGUGAAAUUAAACUUUUUUUGUUUUGAACAAAAAAAUCAUUGAUAAUGCAAAAAACACUUUUUUAAAUGCAAAUCUGGCCAUUCUUAAAGAUUCUAAAGAUCCAUAAAGUCUGACUAGUGUAAAAUCUAGGAACCACAUUUAUAUUUUUAUUUGGCCUUAUAUUAUUAUAUUAGCUCUCUUUAUGUAAUGUUAUAUUUAUGUAGAGGAGAUCUUUCUAGUGACAUUUAUUAAUUGUGUGAUGACUUUAUAAAAUAUCAAAUGUUUAUGAAUUGAAUUAAAUUAAAUAUAAAUAUGAAUAAAAUUAGCGCAUCUUUUUUAGAUAAAAGAUCAAUAGAGAAAACUUAUUACCUAGCCUUUUUUAAAGCUUUUAUGUAAAAAAAAAAUACCAAUUACAACAAAAUACAAAACUAGCAUUUCCUAAUGGUUGAGUGGAUAUUUUGAACUCCCUUUUGGUGACCAUGGAAGUUUCAUUUAUAACCUGGUCAGUUUGAAUUUAUUUUAUGGUAGAAUAAAAAGUGAUUUAGAGAUUAUUUUGUUGAUCACUUGUUACUGAUCAGUUUGUAACUGUUUUAGUGCCUUUUCAUUGAAUAUAUGCAACUUGUCAGGUUAACACAUAUUUUUGAACAUGACUGUAUGCUUUAUUAGAUAUUAUUACUUAUUAUUAUAUUAUAGAACUGAUGAAUGGACCUAUCCUACUGUGUCCACUCUACAUUUGGAAGUUACAAAAUGUAUGGUCCUCUGUAGAUUCAUUUGAUAUUUAGUACAUUUUUACCAAACCCCACUCUUAAAGUGAUAUUAAAAUCGAAUGAUUGGCCACCCAUUCUUCAAAACAAUAUUUUAACGACUCUUUUCUCAGGAAUUAUCGAACAGAAUGACUUCAUAUUUAAUCAUAAGCUUGACUGAUGAAUUGUCAGGUGUGAGAACUUUUAGAAAUGUCAGAUACCCACUUCCUGUUUGUGGUUUUAAAACCUACAAUUUUCAAUAUGUUGAAUGAACUUACACAAAUAUUUAUGCAAUGCUACAGAUUAGAAUAACUUCAAAUUUUGUCAACAGCUCAACCCUAAUGAGUUUUAAUGACUAUUGUUUGUGUGCUUUUCAGAAUUGUCUGAACUCUGAAACCUACUUAAAUUUCCUGUUUUCAGAUACCUGAAUGAUUAUGGGUAUGCUAAGCACCCCAACAUGUGUGUUCUUGUUGAGUUUUUGAAUUAGUGAAACUAAUAACUAGAGACAAUUUUAAGAAAUUUUAAUGAUAUUUAUGAGAUCUUUUUACUUUUAAAGAGUGAUAAUGUUUAGUAUUUGAUGGUUUUCUAGAUUGUUGGCUUAUUUUAUAUUUGUUGUACAUGUAUAUAU